AUGCAUUUUGCGCACAAUCUCUUUGUAAUUGCACUGCUGAGCGCUAUUCAUGCUCAAGCCCACCAUGAACCUAAAACGGAUCAUGAAAUAGAGGUUCAGAGAGCACUGCAGGUCGCUGCAUGCCAUUGCGCCCCCGCUGUAGAGUCAUUCACAGCAUCGCGCAAGAGGGCUUGGGCGCAGCGCGUGCUUGCAGGCAACCCUCACCUAGUGGAUCAGCAACAUCUCUUCUCCAGCGAUGCCUAUGCAGACCUUCCCGACUCACACCAUUCCGAACACUCUUCUUCCCCUCAUGAGAAUGAAGACGAAACAUUCAUGAAGUGCACGCCCAUAUCCGAUACCCACAUUCAGAACAACACCUGUGUGCUAGCCCCUGAAGUCACAGAAGGGCCAUAUUACCACACAGAGGGUCAUCCAAUCAGGCAAAACAUUGCAGAGUACCAAGAUGGUCUUCUUUUGCUUUUGGAUAUUGGAGUUAUCGAUGUUGAGACUUGCCAGCCCCUUCCUAAUGUGCUGGUAGAUAUUUGGCAGGCAAACGCGACGGGAUCGUACGCAGGUCACCCGGUUCCCCAUCCCCACCUCGCCGAUGAGCAGCCCGCCACGGAAGGUAGAAGAAGAGGCCUACUCACCGCGUUUCCCCGCACGAUUCAGGAAGAGACAUGGCUUCGUGGGGCAUGGCCAACAGACAAGAAUGGGGUCGUCCAGUUCACCAGUAUCUAUCCUGGAUACUACACCGGCCGUGCUACGCAUAUUCACACCAAGGUAUUCCCUGAGUGGACACCUUUACCCAACAACGAGGGUUUCCAAGCCGGCCGACUUGCACAUACCGGUCAAUGGUUCUUUGACGAGGAGCUAAACAUGGUGGUUGACAAGAUGUAUCCUUACAUCACGAAUCCGAUCAAGGAUAUCCGUGGCCGCACACGUAACUCACAAGACUCCUUGAAUAUCUUCCAGGAUAGCCAUGGACCGGAGGGUAAAUACAAUCCUGUAUUCAAGACCCAUCUUCUUGGUGGUGUGGUGUCGCAGGGUCUGAUUGCGUACAUCACCAUGGGUGUCAACGCAAGUGCCUCAUAUGACAACUUUUGGAAGGGUUAA